CAGAGACUGGUCUAUUCCUACUGUAACUGAAUCUGAAGCAGGCACUUCUGGGGUAGCCCCUGGCACCACAGUUGCCCCUGGAAUUUCCAGCACAGCCACUAUUUCCCAUCGAGGAAGUGGAAUGACUGAGAUUGGAACCACUGUAGGAGCCACCACUGGAGCACCAGGAAUUAGGACAGGAGCCAGGACCACCAUACCAGUGAGCCAAGUCUCUGGCAGUCAAACAGAAACCACUGUAGUAACCACUGUAGUAAGAACAAAUGACCAAGAAACUGAAAACAAAACAGGGUGUCCAGUAUCACUUCCACCACCUGCAGUUUGUCUUGGUCCACUGGGAGAACAGAAAUGUCCUGGAGACGUAUGGACUGCCAAUUGCCACAGAUGUACCUGUACUGAUGCAAGAACUGUAAACUGCCAGCCCAAGAAGUGCCCUUCUUUACCCACAUGCCAAACUGGAGAGAAACUUGUAAAAUUCAAAUCUAAUGAUACCUGCUGUGAAGUUGGAUACUGUGAACCAAGAACGUGUUUAUUUAACAAUACUAAUUAUAAGAUUGGUGCUUCAUUUGAUGACCCCACGAACCCAUGCAUCUCCUACUACUGCAACAACACUGGCUUUGCUGUAGUGGUCCAAGACUGCCCAAAGCAGACCUGGUGUGCAGAAGAAGACAGAAUCUAUGAUUCAAAAAAAUGUUGCUAUACAUGUAAGAAUCAUUGCAGAGCUUCAAAUGUGAAUGUGACCGUGACGUACAAAGGUUGCAAGAAACGAACUGAGAUGGCAAGAUGCAUAGGGGAAUGCAAAAAGACUGUCAAGUACAAUUAUGAUACCUUUCAGUUGGAAAAUCCAUGUGUUUGCUGCAAAGAAGACAACUAUGAGUUCAGAGAAAUAGAUCUUGACUGUCCUGAUGGCACUACAAUUUCUUAUAGAUACAUGCACACCCUGACAUGCUCUUGCUCAAACACGUGCCAAGAAUCUGUGACCAAACCACCACUUAAUGUUACCUCUUUGGUUGUAAAUUCAGACCACGCAUUUAUUUUAUAAGGGAGCAAAAAAUAAUCAUUUAAUAUUAAGAAUAACUAAACUUUGUAUCUAGCUCAAAAAGUGAAUUAUUAUGAAGCAUUUCAUUCCCUUGUUUACUGGGUCUGAAAAAUAAA